AUGCACCUUAACGUGAGAUAUAAAGAUCUCCGUAACCUAAAAGAGUUGUUAACCAAGUUCGAGAUUGAGAAUGGAGAAUUUGAAAACUGGAUCAAUACUAUUCCUGGUAGUUACCGAUGGUGGUUCGUUGCUACUGACCGACAGUUAAAAUUAAAAGAUAAGAUGUUGG